AUGGGGAUGAAUUUUGACGGUGAGCUCAUGAAUCUGAAGGACACAGAGCUAAGGUUGGGAUUGCCCGGAAGGGAUGAGGAAGAUAAACGUUCAUGCAGCGUCAGGAGCAACAAGAGGACUUGGCGUGAAUCAAGCGAGGACGAGCAGUCAUCAGUAACCCAGAACAACGCCUGUAACAGCUCUGAUGAUAAAGAUAACGCCCCACCAGCAAAGGUACAAGUAGUGGGAUGGCCACCCAUUCGAUCUUACAGGAAGAAUUGCGUUCACCAAAAGAAGGGAUCGCAGGAGGGCGAUGGGGCUGGAAAUAUGUAUGUGAAAGUGAGCAUGGACGGUGCUCCUUAUCUGAGGAAGAUCGAUCUCAAGGUUUACAACAGCUACCCACAGCUCCUCAAGGCUUUGCAGAACAUGUUCAAGUGCACUUUUGGUGAAUACUCAGAAAGGGAAGGCUACAACGGAUCUGAAUACGCUCCUACUUAUGAAGACAAGGAUGGCGACUGGAUGCUGGUUGGAGAUGUUCCAUGGAAUAUGUUCAUGUCAUCUUGCAAGAGGCUUAGAAUCAUGAAAGGAUCGGAGGCUAAGGGAUUGGGUGGUAGUUUAUGACACACCUACGCGACCAUCGAUGGGAAACAAGACGAGCAAACACUUUCUAGUUUCGUCUCAAAAGAGGCCACAAACACAGACAAGAAGGAAGAAAGAGGGG